CAAACAUUCUGCGCAUGACUCAACGCUCAAGCAAGGCAUUCUCACAGAGAAGGAGGAAAGGGAACAAGGAAAUCCAAUCAUGUUUGUCCUCCAAGCUCUUGGCUCCAACGGAUCAGGCCAACUUGGGAUAGGCCAUAAGGAAGAUGUCUCGACUCCCGAACCCGUCCUCCUUCCGUUCUCUCACACCAACCCCUGCCAGCGACUCAAGCAACUAGCAGCCGGGGGGAAUCACACCCUCCUUCUUUUCCAAUCAGGAGACCUCCUCUGGAGCGGCGACGACACCACCGGCGCAUGCGGUCCAGUCAACAGCACCACCAGCACCGAUCAACAUGAAUCACCAUCACAACCUCCUCCCCCUCGCUUCCGCCCCGUUAAUCUGACUUCCCUUCCCUCAGGGUCCAAGCCCUUCCUUGUGGCCGCCACCUGGACCGCGACUGUGGUCGUCACCUCGGACCCUUCAGCCCACCACGCCAACAGGGUCUACACUUUCGGCACCGGCACCAAGGGCGAGCUCGGCCUGGGCCCAGCCACAAUCCACACCCCGCUCCCCACCCUUGUUAGGGACUUUCCGCCUCCAGGAACACAGAUCACAGACAUCUCCUCCUGCAUGGGCCACGUGGUCGCGGUUCUGUCCAACGGCGAAGCCUGGGGCUGGGGCAACGGGCGCAAAGGCCAGCUAGGCGAGCCCGCGACGCAUGCCGUCUUCUCCCCACGGAGGAUCGAGGGGGUCGGGUUCAGAGUGAUCAAGGCGGUCUGCGGGCGAGAAUUCACCGUUCUAUUUGGGCCGCCCGAGAGCGGGGACAUGAUCGUGAUGGGGUCCGAUAAGUGGGGGGUACGGUCACAGGCUCCUUCAACUUCUUCCCCUUCCGGGGGUGUGGCAGGGUGGAAGGAGGCCGGAGCUGGUUGGGGUAGCGUGAUCGUAUUGAAACACAAUGGGGCAUUGCUUGGCUGGGGACGGGACGACCAUGGGCAGCUUCCGCGUGGCGACCUUGGGCCAGUGAAGCAUAUUGCUGUCGGAAGCGAGCACGCGCUGGCAUUGACCGAGGGGAAUGAGUUGAUAGCCUGGGGUUGGGGUGAGCAUGGCAACUGCGGGCCGAUCCGGAAUGGGAAGGGCGAAAAGGGGGAGUGCAACAGGAUCGCAACCGCGACGCAGGGCAUGGAUAUCACCGUGAUCGGUGCGGGCUGUGCGACAACUUGGAUUGCCUUUGAAAAGCAAACUUGAACCAUCCCAAGCUAAAACUGAGAAGCAAACACCUCAACACCACUGGCGCCAGAACCAUGCGACGCACA